UCGUUUCCACGUUUCAUAAUAUUUUCCACGAAGCUAAUAACUAUACCUUGGACAGCAACAGGCCAACAACAUUGAUACUGUACCAACAACUAUACAUUACGCAACAAUCAUAUCAUCGUUUCCUCCUAUGGGGAAGAAGAAAGCCACGAAUCCAUAACAUAUAUUAAAUCAAUGGCUACCGUGCCGCCAUGUAUAUUAUUCCUCUUCUUGGUGGCGCUAACAAGCAUAGGCAUAGCAAAGGCUCAGUUCUACUGUGAAAGCAUAUCAUGCGGGAAGGGAGGAGUUUCAAUUGAGUUCCCGUUUUACCUGAAAGAAAGUCAAAUCCCUGGAUGUGGCUACCCAGGGUUCGAGCUCUCAUGCGCCAACACCACCACGGAGCCCUUGCUGACUCUCCCAGCUGAACCAGGUCACUUCACUGUGAAACUCAUCUCCUUAGAAGACCAACAAGUUUGGAUCAACGACCCUCAGGAAUGCCUCCCAAAGCGUUUGAUGCGUGAGCGUGGCCUCAACCUCCAACGCUCACCCUUCCAAUUAAGCUCUGCUUACUCGCUUGUCAACUACACCUUCCUCAGAUGCCCUUCAAAUUUAACCGCUUUGUCUAUGGUACAACCAAUACCCUGUUUGAACUCAGGGUUUAAUAGUAGUAGCAAAUCUUCGGUGGUGGCGAUCUUGUCGAAUCCGCCGUUUCCAACGCCGUGGACGUCGCCGUGCCACGUCAUAUCGUGGGCUAUGAUCCCGGUUGCCGGUUUUCCGUGGCUGUUUUGGACGGAUUAUUAUUCUGACAUAAAGUUGGAAUGGGAUAACCCAAAUUGCGGAAGUUGCGAGGCACGUGGAGGACGGUGUGGGUUCGUUGGGCCAACGCUUCGGGACACUGCUUUUCAUGUUGGUUGUUACGAUCUUCCCACUCAACUUCAAGGUCUUUCGAGGAAAACCAAGUACGGUUUAGGUAUGGGCUUAGGAAUACCUGGAGCCUUGUGUAUUAUUGCGCUUGCAUAUUUGUUCUACGCCAAGAUGAAGACACAUGAGCAACAGAGGCUAUCAAGAAGUGAUUUUUCGACCAUAAUUUUACCGCGUCUUCCUGCUCAAAUCAUGGGAUUGGAUGCUGCUAGCAUAGAAAAAUACCCCAAAACCCUUCUUGGUGAAAGUGGGCGAUUGCCUAAGCCUAAUGACAAUCUUUGUUCCAUAUGUCUCUGUGAAUACCAGCCCAAGGAGACCUUGAGGACCAUACCUGAAUGCAAUCACUAUUUUCAUGCCAAUUGUAUAGAUGGAUGGCUGAAGAUGAAUGCUACUUGUCCUCUGUGUCGCAAUUUACCUGAAAGAUCUGUUGCAUCAUUAAUCCCGUCUAUACCUGCAUCUCCCACUUAUUAGGAUUUCCCCAUUGUAUUUCUAAUAACUUUGUUAGACACGAUCACAAUGUACUAUACAUUCUUUUAUUUCGGUGGAAGUUUCUAUCUAUACAAAAUUCCUACAC